AUGCCUACAUAUAUAUGUCCUCGUUGUAAUGGUUCUGGCAAAUCCAACGACACAACAGCCGGCUGCAGACCAUGUAAAGGAACAGGCAAUAUUUCUGGUGACCUCAUCUUAUGCUUUCGUUGCGAAGGCAAUGGCAAAUCCAAGGAGACAACAGCGGAUUGCAAAAGUUGCAGUGGAACAGGUGCUAUCCCUAGUAGUGCUAGUAUGUGUAGCAGCUGUGGUGGCAAAGGCAAAUCUUCAGGAACUACAGCGGAUUGCAAUACGUGUAAUGGAAAAGGUUACAAAUAA